AUGCACGACCUCGAGCGCACCCUCUCGCACGGCGUCGUCCAGCACGACCUCCCGACCGCCGAGGAGCCGACCUUCCCCCAGCUCACCCAGGCCGGCUCCCACACCGACGCCUACCUCGAGACGUCCCCUUCCGGCCUCGUCCUCGCCCGUGAGGCAGAAGCGCCCGUCGCCUCGCACCGCCACGGCUCGCAGUCGACGCUCGUCUCGGCUCGUCAGCAUCACGGCGUCGCCGCUGACGUCGAGAAGGGCGCCGCCGCACACGGCGACGACGCCAAGCUCGUCACGUGGAAGGUCGACGACCUGGAGAACCCGCGCAACUUUUCGACGGCCAAGAAGUGGGUCCAGACGCUGUUACCGACCCUCCUGUGCUUCAUGGCCGGCCUGUCGUCGUCGUUGAUCACGGGCGGUCUACCCGAGAUGGCUGAGCACUACAAUGUGUCGGAGGAGGUCAUCACCCUCACCGUCUGCGUCUUUGUCGUCGGCUUCGGGCUCGGGCCUCUGCUCCUGUCGCCUCUAUCUGAGAUGUACGGCCGCCGCAUCGUGUACAUCGUCUCGGUCUUUCUCUACUUCAUCUGGACCCUGCCCGGGUGCAUCACGGACAGCGUCGCCGUCCUCGUCAUCUUCCGCUUCCUCGCCGGUUGCUCAAUUUCCGGCGUCAUGUGCAACGCGGCAGGGUCCAUCGGCGACGUAUGGCACGUCAACGAGCGGGGCUUCCCGAUGGCACUGUUCAGCGGCAUCUUGUUCAUCUCUCCUUGUCUCGGUCCUCUGCUCGGCGGGUACAUCACGAUCCGUGCGAGUUGGCGGUGGAUGUGGUGGGUGCUCUUCAUCUUUGGCGGCGUCGUGUGGGUCUUCACGUCGCUCACCCUCGUCGAGACGUAUGCCCCGACGCUCCUCAAGUGGCGUGCGCAGAAGUUGCGCAAGGAGACGGGCGACCCGACGAUCGUGACGGAGCAAGAGCGUCAAGGACGACCGCUCGCCGAGAUUGCGCACGAGACGCUCCUGCGUCCGCUCGUCAUGCUCGCGACCGAGCCCGUCAUGAUGUGCAUGUCGGGCUACCUGUGCCUCGUCUAUGGCCUCCUCUACGCCUUCUUCUUCGCGUACCCGAUCGUCUUCAUGGGCCAUGGAUUCGACGCCGGCCAAGUCGGACUGUGCUUCCUGUCGAUCCUCAUCGGCAUCGCCCUCACGUCGGUCACGGCCAUUCCGCUCCAGGAGCGCUACUACCAGCGCCAGGUCGUCAAGCACCAGGGUCACCCGCCGCCCGAGGCGCGCCUGCCGCUCAUGAUGGCGUGCGCCGUCGUCCUGCCCGUCUCGCUCUUCAUCUUUGCGGCGACGAGCAUCCCGUCGGUGCACUGGGCCGGCCCGCUCGUGUCGGGCAUCCCGUUCGGGUUCGCCCUCGUCGGCAUCUACACCGCCGCAAACACCUACAUCGCGGUGACGUUCUCAGACUACAGUGCGUCGGCGAUGGCGGCCAAGACGCUCGCGAGGUCCAUGUGCGGCGCCGGCGUCACCAUGUUCAUCGUCCCGAUGUACAAGUCGAUCGGCAACUUGUGGGCGGGCAUGACGUGGGCCUUCAUCAGCCUCGCGAUGACUCCCAUCCCGUUCGUCUUCUUCUUCUACGGCGCCCAGAUCCGCGGCCGUAGCGCCAUGGCGUCGGCGUCGUGA